UAGAGUGAGGGGACACAAACGCGAACCAAAGCGAUACCCAGUUACCACAUUCCACUGCAAGCAAGAAGGGUGCGCCAGGAGGAAGUGUCGGAGAGAUCGCCAUAGCCAUGGAGAAGACAGAAGUGGAAGAGCAAACCAAAGACGAAGGGCAAGUUGUUACUCCAUGGCAAGUCGCCGCCAAGGACAGCGGCAAGAUCGACUACGACAAGCUCAUCGACCAAUUCGGCUGCCAGAGGCUCGACCAGUUCCUCAUCGACCGCGUUCACCGUCUCACCUCUCGUCCUCCCCACGUCUUCCUCCGCCGCGGCGUCUUCUUCGCUCACCGGGAUUUCAACGACAUUCUCGAUGCGUACGAGAGAGGGGAGAAGUUUUAUCUCUACACCGGAAGAGGUCCUUCCUCUGAGUCUUUGCAUUUGGGCCAUCUCAUUCCCUUUAUGUUCACCAAAUAUUUGCAAGACGCGUUCAAGGUUCCUCUGGUUAUUCAAUUGACCGAUGACGAGAAGUGCAUGUGGAAAAAUCUCUCCGUGGAAGAAUGUGAGAGACUUGCUCGGGAAAAUGCUAAAGACAUUAUUGCUUGCGGGUUUGACAUUACGAGAACCUUCAUCUUCUCCGAUUUCGAUUACGUUGGUGGUGCCUUCUAUAAGAACAUGGUGAGAGUUGCAAAGUGUGUUACGUAUAAUAAGGCUGUGGGUAUUUUUGGCUUUACCGGGGAAGAUCACAUCGGAAAAGUUAGCUUUCCACCCGUACAGGCAGUACCAUCAUUUCCUAGUUCCUUUCCACAUCUUUUCUCGGGUAAAGAUAAUCUCCGCUGCUUAAUUCCUUGCGCAAUUGACCAGGAUCCUUAUUUCAGAAUGACACGAGAUGUUGCUCCGAGGAUAGGAUAUAACAAGCCUGCACUGAUUGAAUCUUCUUUCUUCCCUGCAUUGCAGGGAGAGACCGGAAAAAUGUCUGCUAGUGAUCCUAAUUCUGCCAUAUAUGUUACUGAUUCUGUGACGGACAUAACGAACAAGAUAAACAGGUAUGCAUUCUCUGGUGGACAAGAUUCCAAAGCGAAACAAAUCCUGUAUGGAGCAAAUCUUGAGGUUGAUAUACCAAUCAAAUACCUGAAUUUUUUCCUGGAGGAUGACGAAGAACUUGAACAUAUAAAGAAGGAGUAUGGUUCAGGACGCAUGCUAACCGGUCAGGUGAAGGAACGGCUUAUUAAAGUUUUAACCGAAUUAGUAGAAAGACAUCGCAGGGCUAGGGCUGCUGUGACUGAUGAGAUGGUGGAUGCGUUUAUGGCAGUUAGACCCCUUCCCAACAUGUUCAACUGAAUUCUGAGAUAGAGAUUUAGGGGCUGUUCGGCUGGGAUGUUUUUGAGUGAAAAACUUAAAAAAAGCAACUCGAGUUACAAUUUU